AUGCGAGCCCGCCCAGUUCGUGGCCUCUCUGCCUGCUGCGGUCUUGCGCCAAGCGCGCCCGAGCUCGCUCGCUCUUGUUCGUGGGGCGUCCGCAGGAGUUUGUUUGGUCGUUUGAUCAUGGACCCCUUUCACGGCAUUGUGAAAGAGGAGGAAUUUGACUUCGCCGGAGGUGCUGCUGAUGGAUACUCGCCGUCUUCGUGGGGCUCAUCCCCGUCUUCCUGGGGCUCUUCCCCAUCUUCGUGGGCCGGCGACGGCGCCUUGGCGGAGCUGCCGCGGCCGAUGGACGGCCUCGGCGAGGCCUGCCCUACCCCGUUCCUGAACAAGACGUACGAGGUGGUGGACGACCACAGCACGGACACCAUCGUGUCAUGGGGCGUCGCCGGGAACACCUUCGUGGUGUGGGACGCCCACGCCUUCUCCAUGGUGCUCCUCCCCCGCUACUUCAAGCACAGCAACUUCUCCAGCUUCGUCCGCCAGCUCAACACCUAUGGGUUCAGGAAGGUUGAUCCGGACAGGUGGGAGUUCGCGGCGGAGGGGUUCCUGCGGGGGCAGAAGGAGCUGCUGAAGACGAUCAGGCGGCGCCGGCCUCAGUCGUCGCCGGCGGGCACGCCGGCGCUGCUGCAGCAGGGGCAACAGCAGGGUGCGUGCCUGGAGGUGGGGCAUUUCGGGCCCGAGGGCAAGGUGCAGCGGCUGCAGCGCGACAAGGGCACCCUGAUCGCGGAGGUGGUGAAGCUGCGGCAGGAGCAGCAGGCGACGCGCGCGCAGAUGCAGGAGAUGGAGGCGCGCCUGGCCGCCACGGAGCAGAAGCAGCAGCAGAUGACGGUGUUCCUGGCGCGCGCCAUGAAGAGCCCCAGCUUCCUGCAGAUGCUGGUGGAGCGGCAGGACCAGAGCCGGCGGAAGGAGCUCGCGGAGGCGCUCCUCUCCAAGAAGCGCGGCCGCCCCAUCGAGUACCUCCUCCCCCGCAACGGCGAGAGCAGCUACGGCGCCCCGGCGCGAGGCUACGGCCCCGGGCUCGCCGACGGCGGCGAGGGCAGGCGCGCGGACGGCGAGGACACGGAGAGCUUCUGGAAGGAGCUGCUGAGCCUGGGCCUGGAGGAGAGGCAUCGGGAGGCAGGCGGGGGCGGGGGAGGGGAGGCGAGCGGCGCCGAGGUGGACGACGACGUGGACGAUGAGGUGGACGAGCUGGUGCAGAGCCUCUACCACCUCAGCCCCAACCGGCCCCGCAGCUACCAGUGA